ACCUCACAAGAUUGCUACUGGUGGACCUUGCUCCCGUGCUCAGCCCAUGGCUCUGAAGGUUUCAGCUCGUGGAAAAUGGUAUCACUAAUCCCAGAACUAUCAAUAAUUCAAGUGAUUGCAAUAUGUUUUGACAGAUCUUGAAGUUUCUACUACAUUUAUCAGGUUUGCGUUGCUGCGUCUGAGACUGGAUUGAGGUUCAAUAUGGUGAGCGAGAGUGGUAAACAAACAAACCAACUGCUAGAAAAUGCGUGUUGUUUCCUCCGGAAGUGCAUUUUUUCAGUACUUUCUGUUGGUCCAAUUCCUAGCCAUAUUGCGUUUAUAAUGGAUGGAAAUCGACGAUAUGCUAAGAAGCAGACUUUGGAAGAGGGGGAUGGGCAUAGGGCUGGGUUUUCUGCUCUUAUGAAUAUGCUAAAAUAUUGCUAUGAGCUCGGUGUGAAUUACAUAACUGUUUAUGCCUUUAGUAUUGAAAACUUCAAAAGGCGCCCUGAAGAAGUUGGAUCCCUUAUGCACCUGAUGCAGGAAAAGAUUGAAGAGAUGAUUAAAGAGCAAAGCAUAGUGAACCACUAUGGAAUCCGAGUUUAUUUUCAGGGGAACUUAAAACUUUUGAGUGACCCUGUUAGGUCAGCAGCAGAGAGGGCUAUGGCGGUAACUGCAGGUAACUCAAACGCCACUCUAUCAAUCUGUGUUGCCUACACAUCAACGGAUGAGAUUGUACAUGCUGUUGAGCAAUCAUGUGAAGAAAAAUGGAAGGAAAUCAGUGAAAAAAAUCGAAAUUCUGCCCGAAAUGAUAUAACAGAACAUUUGAAUGGAAAUGAUAAGAUUGAGAAUCUUAUUGGCUCGAGAGAUAUUGAUAGACAUAUGUAUAUGGCUGUUGUUCCCGAUCCUGAUAUCAUAAUACGUACCUCCGGGGAAACUCGUUUAAGCAAUUUCUUACUAUGGCAGAGUGCAAAGUGUCUUCUUUACUCUCCCACCGCCCUUUGGCCAGAAAUAGGUUUCCGGCAUUUGGUUUGGGCAGUUUUGGAUUUCCAACGGAACUACUCCUACCUUAAGGGGAAAGAAAAGGAAACAUAAUUUUUUAGGCGGGAUAAGUUCAUUUAGGGGUCAUAGUCAUUGUGGAAUGAGAUUUCCUCUACAAAGAUCGGGUUGGGACUUGUUUUUGGUGAUCUCGAUUCUCGCCCUUGGGUGAAGACGAUGACGAUAGAUACAUUCACACAGAACUGGAUGUAAGUAAACGCUAUCUGGAGAAUUUACUGUUCUAUAGCCAAUCAUUAUAUGCAUCUCCCACUAUAUCUAAACAUAGACUGUGUUGUAUCAAUAUGGAUUUCAUCCCUGUUUACGCUUAGAUUGCCUGUCCAGCAUUCUGUUUAUCUGCCUCGUGGCCUCUGAACUCCAUGGUUUGGUUCUUCUUCUGGAGCUGGACAUAUUUCAUCAGAUUUUAUGUGAGUUUUUUUGUAUGUUAAAAGUAAUCUAUGCUCUUUUUUUAAUUGACUUGACCUGUAAACUAUAUUUAGG